AUGGAAAAAAAUGUCCCUGAGUAAAUAAAUUCAGACCAGAAUAGAUUCAAAUAAGUAUUAUUAAAUUUAUGUUCUAAUUCUUUAAAAUUCACUUAAAAAGGGCAAAUAUAAAUUUAAGUCUAUUUAAUUGAAAAAAACCUCAUUAAAAUCUCAGUUUCAGAUACAGGUUGUGGAAUUCCUAAAAAAUACAUUAAAACUCUCUGUGAGUCUUUCGGAAAACCAAAUUUCAUGUUUAAUACUAUAGGGGCAGGUUUAGGUUUAUCUAUCUCAAAUACUCUUGCUAUGGGUUUAGGUGGAAAUAGGAAACUAGAAACUGAAAGUGUAGAAGGUAAAGGGAGUAUUUUUUCCUUUUAUGUACUUAAUAGGGAAUAAAGUAAAAGAACUUGUAAACUUUCCAAAAGUCAAGAUUUUUAUAAAUGGAUAUCUCUUUCGACUAGUUAGUAGUUUAUGAGUUAAAAUGGAACUACUUAUAUUGAUUAAACUUCACCUUCAAUAACUAUUUCACCUAAAUUUAAAAAUUAUUUAGAAAAAAAGCGAAUUUGA